AUGGUGAUCUUCGGCAUUGUGAAUCAAGAGACCUUCAGUGGGCUAAACAGAGGAUGUAAAAACGUUCCGUGAAACCGCUCUAUCCAACCGGAGAUCCCAACCGGAGAUCUACGAGCGUUGGUUUCGACAACCGCAGCUCUCCCCACGCUCCCAGGCUUUCUUGCCUCUCCUCUCGCUGUCCUUCUUCUUCUCCUUCUUCUUCUUGCUCUUCUCUCUUUCUCGGUGUCUUUACUGGCGACUGUUCAGUCGCUCCUGGGUGUCGCGUCUGCUCACACGCCCGUCAGGUACGCCAAGACAGUCACGAAGGCAGACAAGCAGCACGAGAUCUCUCCCUUGGUGCUGUGUGCGCUUCUGCGUUUCAGGUUUGUUAUUAGUCUGGUGGGUCUGAGAUGGCCGACACGGCCGUCGAGGACGGCACAGAGGCCAACAAGGCCGAGGCCACUGACAGCAUCGAGUGGUGAGACGGGUGGCUCGACGGGCGAGGCCAAACAGCCGUCCGCCGAGGCGAGCAGCAGUGGCGUUGGUUCAUCAGAGAGCGCGUGUGCACCCGGCAGCAAGAGAAAGGCAUUUUGGGCUGCUGGGAACAGAUGGAGGUGAGAGAGGAGGCCGGGCAGCUGCAUGUGGGGAUGGUGAGACGCAGCAUGCAUGUGGGUCUCAAUUGUCCUGUUCUCUCCGUGCGUGUAGGUGGAGGCGGUGUUGCCUCGCUCUCAGAGGGAGCGAGGCGCGGACCCACAUCGGCAGACCCACAUCGGCAGACACACACACUGCAAGGUGAGUGGCCGCAACCAAGAUGAGAGAUACCAUGGCCAUUCUCGUCCUCUGGGCACAAGUGUACGCAUGUGUUUUUACAGAUGACGUCAAUUGGAUCACGAGAACGAGAGACGCAUCCAUCCCUGCUGCAUGCCAUCCACCUUUCAUCUGCGCGGUGGCGCCUUCACUGGCUCGUGUACGUACGAACCUUGCAUGACGUGAUGUGACGUGAUGUGUGUAAGUAGGAUGUCCGUGUGUGUGCAUGUGCCCAGCCGGAGAGGGGCUGGGUGGGGUUCCGAAGGCAGAAAAUGGUGUACAGAGAGGUUCAUUUGAUGACACUGGCUUCGGCUGCGUGUUGUUCCGUUCUUCUUGCUGUCCUACAAGCAUGGCCUGCUCUUUCUCCAUCUCUCUCCCUCUCUGCUUGAGUCUGCCUGAGUCUGCCUGUCUGUCUGGCUGGCUAGUCCCUUGACGUGUGUGUGGUCGUGGCGCUAGUCCUCACAAGGGUGCAACCGCUGCUUCUCAGAGGCACUAAUGAGACACAGUGCUUCUGAGAUACAGCGGUUGGACCUUGUGAGGACCGCACACGACCAACACACACAUCCACACACACACCCUCUGUCGUCACAGCACACAGACACCCUUGCGUGUCUGACGACUGACUUACUCGACUGGUUGCUUCUUGCUGCCUCUCUCUCGUCUGCUGUGUUGGCAGGGGUCAGCCAACGCAGUGCAGACGAGAGCGCUUCUGAGAUUUCUCCUUGCACAACACAGAGCAGACGAGAGAGAGGCAGCAAGAGAGCUUUUUGGCCUCUGUCGGUCCACUACCACUUCACUGAGGGCUCAAAACACCCUCGCGGCCGCCCUUAAUGUCUCGGCUGCCGCUGUCGUAGAGGGGUGGUUUUGGGGUUAGG